AGUGUACAGUAUUAUCUCUGAUCCUGUUAUCUAAGGUAUAAAAUAGCUUCAGAUAAUCAGAGAAUUUAGUGUUGAGGAUACUCAGGAUACUCAUCAAUAUGAAAACAGCGUGGUUGAUUGUUGUGCUGGCAGCUCUUGCUGUGCCUAUCUUUGGCAAGAACUUUGGUUCUAUUGAGGUCAAGGGGGUGGGAACUGUUUAUGUUCUUGGGCCAGACUGGACUGCUGGGAACGUUGAGAUGCUUCCGAAUGGAUUUGCGUUGAACGGUGGAGGUCGUGUUUAUCUUGGAAGUCAACCUAAUGAUGGCAUGGACCCUAACAUGUAUUGGCAGACACCCCUGAUGGAAAAGCACUUCGCAUACACUCUUGAUCUUUCCAGGGUUGGCUGUCACUGUAAUGCUGCCGGAUACUUUAUUAAUAUGCCGGGACCUGCUGGUGGAGAUGGAGGAGAUUACUACUGUGAUGCCAACUACGUUGGCAGUCAAUGGUGCCCUGAGUAUGACACCUUGGAGUCUAACAAGUACACUGUGGCUGGAACCCUUCACACAUGUCAAGGAAGCCCUGGCAACUGGUAUGACUGUGACCGUGGAGGCUGCCAGAACAAUGCCUUCUACGUAGACUCCAACAUGUACUGCCCAGAGGAUAGGUGCACAAUCAACACAAACAAGCCAUUUAUUGUAUCCCACUACCAGACCAACCAGAUAGCUAACAUUUGGAUGAGUCAAGAGGGUAGAACAGCAGACUUUAACUUCUGUUCUGAUGCUGGUUAUGCCGCAAAGAUGGCUGAAUCUUACGGUGGGAUGGUCUUCUCCGCUUCACUUUGGGGUGGAAAUGGCAUCAAUAUGGACUGGUUGGAUGGUAUGACAGGCUGCUGGGAACAAUGCGAUAUUGCCAAUUCCAGAGUUGUCUUUACUGACUUUGAACUCUGGUAGGAGGGAAGGAUGGCUAACUUGAACUCUGGUAGGAGGGAGGGAUGGCUAACUGCAUCAACAUCUCUUCUGUACCACACAAAUUUCUGUUCCAACACUACUUUUCUUACUUUCUAAUGAAUAAAAAUAUUUGGCAGUGGA